UGUUCAAACAUAUUACCGAGUCCCCACAACAAUAGGAACACACACUAUGUCCCACUGCCAGGGAGAGUGCCCUGUGGGUGUUGUCAUGGCAACAGUCACAAGCGCAUGUUCCCUCAACAGGAAGGAAAACAACAUAAUUUUACCACAACAAACAGUAACACAAUAGCAACACUGAACAGUCCUACAAGAUCGCCAUAGCAACACCACAUCAGCACCACCUUUCCGGAUGAGAUAAAUUGUGACAGAUACAAUUUUCCCAGCAACAUGUGCACUGCCUUUCAUUCUCAACCAACAUUGGUAAUGAACAUCAUGGUUCUGACUGAGUGUGGUUCUGUGCUUCCGGUCCAGCUCUUAUCUGGGUCAUGAAUCACUAGAGGACGAGUCUGGCUCUGUGACGCCACCCUUUGAUAAUCAUUGGUGACAAAUGUGAGAGAUUUGGUCCUGAAGGAGUUUUAUUGUGAAGGAUAGUUCCAGAUAUUCCUUCUGGAAGAGAGCAACAGGACUUUGAUCUUUGCGUUUUUUUUCAACAAAACUGUUAUUCCUCUUCGCAAAUCUGCUUCUUAGCCACCCCAAAUUUAGUCAAUACAUAUUAAUAUUUAAAAUGUUACUGUUUUCACUGCCCUACAAGUUUUUUUUUCAGACUAAACCCAGACAGUUGAUGUGUAUUAAUUUGGCUUGUAAAAAUUUAAAAACUAGGGCUGUCCGAUAUUGGCUUUUUUGCAGACAGCCGAUAUGCUGACAUUGUCCAACUGUCAAUUUCCGAUUCCAAUAUCAUACCGAUACCGAUAUGUGUAACAUCACAUAAAAUAGUUCUAAAGUAACAAUACUCUUAAAUGAGUACAGUUCUUUUGUUGGCUACUUCACCCAUCUCUGAGUUGAUGAUUCAUGUAUUACAUAUUUUAUAUAAGAAUAUAUUUGUGUUUCUUGUGCCUUGAUUUAUGUUAUGAUUUAUGUUAUGUUAUGCUGAGGGCAUGCCCAGCUGGGAGAAGGCCCCGGGGCAGACCUAGGACACGCUGGAGGGAUUAUGUCUCACAGCUGGCCUGGGAACGCCUUGGUGUCCUCCCGGUGGAGCUGGAGGAGGUGGUCGGGGACCGGGAAGUCUGGGCUUCCCUACUGAGACUGCUGCCCCGUGACCCGGACCCGGAUAAGUGGAGGAAAAUGGAUGGAUGGAUGGAUGAUUUAUGUUAUUUUUGGAAAGAUUUCAUUUAUUUACAUAAAAAUACAUAAAUGUGCUGAUUAUUAUUUUGAUUGAUAACUUUCAUGUUUUUAUUUUAUAUUCUUAUUUUAUUGCAUUAAAACUACUAAGUGGGAUCAUUAAAGUUCUUAUCUUAGCCAUCUGAGAAGAUCAAAUACAUUGUUUUUGGUGCCAAACUGUUUCCCAAGUAUAUUAGUGUGUGUGUGUGAAUGUAUAAAAAAAAGGCAUUAACUUAAAUUUCUUUGUGGAAAGGCGCUUUAUGAAAGUAAGUACAUUUAUUUGUUUUCCCCUAUCCAGCGCAGCCUUGGCACAUCCAAUAUGGUGGCGACGUUGACAUGGGAUGUUUGGGAGGUGUUACUCUGAUCGGGUGAAGGAGGUUUACUCCUAUGACGUCACUCUGCCUGUGGUUCAACACUUUAGACUGCUGCUGGACAAGAUGGCCAACAGAGGUCUGGCGUGGGAGGACGACACCACCCAGCAGGUUCUGGCCAAAGAAUUGUCCAAAGUCAGGAGGAUUCCACACCGGCUGCCACUGAGCAGCCUUGCCUACAAGACAGACUGGACCAAAGCAGAGGUGAUGGACCCAGUGGAGCAGAGACUGAAGCCAGCAGAGGCAGAGCUUAACAGGAACCUGCAGACGCACCUCCAACGCCUUGGACUCCUCCCGAGGACGAGCAUUGCUGAAGGCCUGAAUGGUGCUAGCAAGAGCGGUCGAGUCCAGUCGGACCUCCAUGGCGCCAAGUCAGACCCGACCAGUCAGAAGAUGUCUUCUUCUCUUCAAAUGAAGCAGAGCCUUCCAGCUGAAGAGCUUCAAGUUCUCCUGAGCGCCCUAAGGCAGCUUUUCUCCCGGCAACCUGACCCCUCCACUCGCCUCAGGCCCGUUUACAGCUACGGAAUAGAAAAUUCUGCGCCCAAGACAUUCAAAUUCAAGCCCAUAAAUUUGGACAACAGUAAAGGAUCUUCAGCCAAGGAGCCUCUGACGUUAGUAGAUGAGAAGUUCAUCCAGAAUGUCUUAAAGAACAUCGGAAACCAGCACCUGGAUGUAGACAAUCUGACACCGCAUGAUGUGGACCAGCUUUCCAACCUGAUCGUGGAUGCUUUGCAUGUAGUGGACCAUGACCAGGAUGGAGAUCGGGGACGGGUCCAACCUGGACUGAGAGACGUUGAAGGAGAGUUGAGUGACAAAAAUCAAGAAAACGAGGAGGGAGUCAGAGAUGAUGAUGAUGAUAAGAAUGAUAAGAAGAAGUUAAUGGAAGAAGCUCCGACUGUGAAGAUCACACCUGCUGAUGUACUUGAAGAAGUCGAUUCACAGACGGACGACAACAACAUGGAGGACAAGCUUGAGAGUCCAAACGUGUUCAGCAAACUUCUGGCCUACUUGGACCAUAGUCCCUUCACAGACCCUCCUCCUCCGCCUACUCCUGGACCGCAGAGGAGGGCGGGGCUCGAGAACGUCCAGAGCCGCACCCGCGAGGUGGGCGAGGCGUUACAGAAGAAGGACACCACCCAGUCCGUGGAGGAGGUAUCGGAGGUGGAGGGCUGGGUCAAGGAAGUAGCCCCACCCCCUGCGGCACUGAAAUACGAGGAGGCGCACAAGAAGAUGCUGAACAUCCCCGAGCUCCAGCUGGAUGUCAAAGCCAACAGGAAGAAGGCGGACGACAUCUUUGGCUACGUCAUCACCGACACAGACGGCCUGCAGACUGAUGAAGGUUUGCACAUGAUGGAGAUCCUGGCUCGCAUGGCCAGAAUCCAAAUGACCGACUUUGCUGAGCUCUCAGUGGUGGGCCCUGCCGUGACCUUUAAAGUGAGUCCAAACCGCCAGAACGUCAGCACCGCAGAUGUGGUACACGUGGCUGUUGAGCAGAAAGCAUCACUGGAGAAGGAAGCCAAUCUCACUAUCCUGGAGGCGGGAGUCGCAGAUGGGAACCACAUCAACCAGAUUCCCACCAAGUACAGCCAGGCUGAGUCCACAAAGUUCCUCAUCCUCACCGUGGUGUCCAUCCUGUGCAUCGUGGGGGUGCUGCUGGCCUCCACCAUGGUCUAUUGUCUCCGCCAUCGCUCGCACCACAAGCUCAAGGAGAAGCUCACCAACCUGGGUGCCGACACCAGCAGUGAUGCUACUGCCACCUACCAGGACUUGUGUCGGCAGCGCAUGGCAGUCAAACCUCCAGUUGAGCGCCCCGAGCCCGCCUCAUCCAGGAUCAACAGCGUGUCGUCUCAGUUCAGCGAUGGCGGCGCGGCAGUCAGCCCGUCGGCCAGAAGCAGCCUGUCGUCGUGGAGUGAAGAACCCGCCCAGCCCAACAUGGACAUCUCCACGGGUCACAUGAUUCUGUCCUACAUGGAGGAUCACCUGAAGAACAAGGACCGCCUGGAGAAGGAAUGGGAGGCGUUGUGUGCCUACCAGGCAGAACCCAACGCCAGCACCGUGGGCCUGAAGGACGGCAACGCCAAGAAGAACCGCUCUGCUGCUGUGGUGGCCUAUGAUCAUUCAAGAAUCACCCUGAGGCUGGAGAACAGUCAAGGCAACUCAGACUACAUCAACGCCAGCCCCAUUAUGGACCACGACCCCAGGAACCCUGCCUACAUCGCCACACAAGGUCCACUGCCGUCUACAGUAGCCGACUUCUGGCAGAUGGUUUGGGAGAACGGCUGUGUGGUCAUCGUCAUGUUGACACCGCUGGUGGAGAGCGGAGUUAAGCAGUGCUACCACUACUGGCCUGACGAGGGCUCCAACCUCUACCACAUCUACGAGGUCAAUCUGGUGUCAGAACACAUUUGGUGCGAUGACUUCCUGGUUCGUAGCUUCUACCUGAAGAACAUGCAGACAAACGAGACGCGGACCGUCACCCAGUUCCAUUUCCUGACCUGGCUCAAUCAGAACGUCCCAGAGACCAGUCGGACCCUCCUGGACUUCCGGAGGAAGGUGAACAAGUGUUACCGCGGACGCUCCUGUCCCAUCAUCGUGCACUGCAGUGAUGGCGCCGGAAGGGCCGGGACGUAUAUCCUUAUCGACAUGGUCCUCAACAAGAUGGCUAAAGGUGCCAAGGAGAUUGAUAUAGCAGCGACGCUGGAACACCUGAGAGACCAGAGGCCGGGCAUGGUGCAGACCAAGGAUCAGUUUGAGUUUGCCUUGACGACGGUUGCAGAAGAAGUGAACGCCAUCUUGAAAGCUCUUCCUCAGUAGGAAGGAUGAAGGACAAGAAGUUUGCUUCCUAUCUCAUCCACAUGUGGACAUCUUGUUCCUCCUGUUUGUCCUUUAACAUUCAUCCUUCAUCUUCUGGUCACUCCUCUUUUGCUUCUUUGUAUCAUAUUCCUCUUUGGUCCACGUACUUCUCCUCCUCCUUGUGGUGAGCAGCGAAAUUGUAGAUAGUCUUUAUCUAGCCCACUCUCUGUUUUAUUUGGUCAAAUGAUGUUCAAAUAUUUGAGUGGAUUGUGUUUUUGUUUCUAGAUGGUCGCCAUGUACUCCAGAUUAGCUUUUAAAGGCUGCAAAGAGUCACAUUUUCAUCAUUUUAUUUAGUAAAAUAUGCAUACCCCCGUGACCCUAAAGAGGAGAAGCGGCAUAGAAAAUGGAUGGAUGGAUGUUUAUGAUAGUUGCAAAUAUUCCAUGUUUAUGUGGCUUUAAGUUCAGUUUAGGUCACAACCAGUCGUACGGGCUCCUACGGCCGGUCUGUGUGCAAAAAAAUGCAAGAAGCGCACAGAGGGCAUGUGUGAGACAUGCGGAUUUUCUUGCUGUAGUCUGGCCGCAGAGGUUGUUUUCUCUUUUGUACAUUUUGCUGGUGUCAGGAUUGGGCAAAAUGUCGCACUUGCGGACUCCUAUGUGUGUCAUGCACCACCCGUGCACCCCAUAUAUGUAAUUAGUGCGGCCAGUGCAUGUCCAGAUAGUUAGUAUGUCCUCCAUGCGUGUCAAAAUGUUUCAUGGUCUCCACAACUACAUUCUCUAUGAACAACAAAAAAAAAUGCAGCGAUUUGGGAACGCCAAAAAUUGCAAGGCCAAAAAAUUGUACGUCGAUUUGUGACCUAGUGAGCAGAGGUUUAGCAUCCCAGCAAAAUGUGCACGUAUUAUGUUUGUUUCUUAUUUCUGUGACAAUCCCAUCCUUAUGUUGAACAUCAGUCCAACAUGGUGGCCUUUUGUAUGCUUGAAAAUCAAUAGUGUGGUGAUAAAGACACGGAUCGGCCCCCCAGGGAGGAAUAAAUAAGAAUCACACAUUAGGAGGAGGUUGGUUUAUUUGUGUUUGAAUGCCUCUCAAAGGGUUCUGAUGAAGUCCAGAGUCCAGAGUUCUUCUUCUAUGUAGCAUUGAAGGCUAACUUGUACAUGUACAGUCGAGUAGCAGGAACUAGCUUGCUUUUUAAUCCAACACGUUUUUGCAUGUUUAGCCAGUUUCUUUUAUUUAAAAUCUCCUUUUAAGAUGUCUAAAGUGACUAGUUAUUAUCCUAUGAAGUGUUCAAGUCUUCACUUCCACAGUCACGAACAUCCUACAAUAGCUGUACAGAUAUUUGUGGUAAUUGCUUUUCAUGUGUAUCAGAAACAAUCCAGGCUGUCAGUAUGAGGUGUUUUUGAGUCAGUGAAGAUGACAAUGAAACAUUUUGGAUCUUUAAACAUGAAACCUUGUGUGUUUUUCAUGAUUACAAUUAAUACAACAGGUUUUUGGUUGGUUAGUUUGGUUUUUGGUUUUAGCUCAGCAGAGUGCACAGUGAUUUUUUUAAAAGUGUUAUUAUUUCUGGUGCUAACUUGUGCAUGGCUAUUUAUCAAGCAAAUAGUCAAAUAUAAUAUAUGAACUUGGAUCAAAGAUUCUGUUCGAAUAAUGGUGAUAAGGAUUAAAAGAAGCAUUCAGCAAGGAACUCUUUGGAUCUUUACCUGCUUUAUUCGGUGUGCAGCUUGUUCUAAAAGGAUACACACACACACACACACACACACACACACACACACACAUCAAUACAUUGUACAGAAAAACAUGAAACAUUGUUUUGUUUUGUUCUAUUGGUGUCAACAUCUUGUCAAUAAAGUUGUAUUAUCAAGA